CUAUCCAAAACCUAUCACAAUGGAAGUCAGCCUUAUUUUCUUUCUUCUAACUCGUUUCUUUGUGACCUCAGAAUCAGUUAGUAGGCUUGAUUUCCCAGAUGGGUUCGUCUUUGGAACUGCUUCUUCGGCCUUCCAGUUUGAAGGAGCUGUUAAAGAAGGAAACAAGGGAGUUAGUAUAUGGGAUACUUUUGCAAGGCAGCCGGGUAAGAAAUUAGCAAAUCUGGAAGGAAGAAUAUUAGAUUUCAGCAAUCCAGAGAUGGCAGUCGAUCAGUAUCAUCGAUUUAAGAGUGACAUAGACUUGAUGAGGGAUUUGGGAAUGGAUGCUUACAGACUCUCAAUAUCAUGGUCAAGAAUCUUUCCCAAUGGAACAGGAGAACCAAAUCCAGAAGGAAUAAACUACUACAACGGCUUCAUAGAUGCUUUAUUGGAAAAAGGAGUCCAGCCUUAUGUAACUCUAUAUCACUGGGAUCUUCCACAGAAGCUAGAAGAUGAAUAUGAAGGAUGGUUGAGCACACAAAUAGUAAAAGACUUCGAAUAUUUUGCCUAUACUUGCUUCCAAGCUUUUGGAGAUAGAGUAAAGAACUGGAUCACCUUCAACGAACCUCGUGGUUACUCAAUCCAAGGAUAUGACUUGGGCAUUCAAGCUCCUGGAAGAUGUUCUCUUCUUGGUCAUCUCUUUUGCAAAAUGGGAAAAUCAUCCACGGAACCAUACAUUGUCGCUCACAAUAUCCUCUUGUCUCAUGCUGCCGCUUAUCAUAGUUACAACCUGCAUUUUAAGGAAAGGCAAGGAGGUCAAAUAGGAAUAGCACUAGAUACCAAAUGGUAUGAACCCAUAUCUGAGAGUGAUGAGGAUAAAGAUGCAGCACAUAGAGCAAUAGAUUUUGGGCUUGGAUGGUUCCUCGAUCCACUUAUAUUUGGGGAAUACCCUCUUUCAAUGAGGAAGCUUGUAGGUGGGAGAUUACCAAACAUUUCAAGUGCAGUCUCAAAACUCCUGGUGGGAUCCUUCGACUUUGUUGGCAUAAACCACUACACCACACUGUAUGCCCGAAACGACAGAACUCGGAUUCGAAAAUUGAUACUGCAAGAUGCUUCAUCUGAUACUGCAGUCAUUGCAUCCCCAUACCGAAGUGGGGUUGCCAUUGGAGAAAGAGCAGCUUCCCGUUGGCUACAUAUAGUUCCAUGGGGCAUCCGAAAGUUGGCAAGGUAUGUGAAAGAUAAGUACAGGAACCCCCCAGUGAUUAUAACAGAAAAUGGUAUGGAUGAUCCAAAUAAAGCUUCUAUAGCUAUAGACAAAGCUUUAAAGGACGACAAAAGGAUAAGAUUCCACAGGGACUAUCUGUCGAACCUGUCUGCUGCUAUAAGGCAAGACAACUGCAACGUACGUGGUUAUUUUGUUUGGGCAUUGCUUGACAACUGGGAAUGGAACUUAGGCUAUAGCGUCAGGUUUGGACUCUACUACGUCGAUUACAAGAAUAACCUGACAAGGAUUCCCAAAGAUUCUGCUCAAUGGUUCAAAAGUAUUCUCAGGGAAAAACACGAUGAUCGAAGCAAUUGAAUUUUACAUUGUUGUAAUAUAACAUAAAAGGCACAAGUUGUACCAUGUAUUGAAAGCUCAAACAGGAAAAUUCAAUCAAAGUUGGAAAGAAAAUUCGUUGAA